UUACCGUAGACAUUUCGGUGGAAACGGCCCUCUUUUAAAGUUCCUGGGGGAAGAGGGAAGGGACCCGGACAAGUCAAAGAAAAGGGGCCACGAUUCAGCAAAGAGGAUCAAUUUUAAGGCAUUUUUCAUCCCAGGACGACUGCCGUUAGACCGAAGACAGGGUGCAACCAACGCGGAAAACCAAGGUCUUGACUGCUCGAGAACGUCAGAAAAUAAAGAAAAUGGCGGAGCCAGACAAAUUAAACAUCGACUCUAUAAUUCAGCGUCUCCUGGAAGUAAAGGGCUCUCGGCCAGGGAAGAACGUCCAGCUGACAGAGGGUGAGAUACGUGGCCUUUGCCUAAAAUCCCGUGAAAUCUUCCUGAGCCAGCCAAUCCUGCUUGAAUUAGAAGCUCCCCUCAAAAUCUGUGGUGAUGUACAUGGUCAAUACUAUGAUCUGCUCCGGCUGUUUGAAUAUGGAGGCUUCCCCCCAGAAAGCAACUACCUGUUCCUGGGUGACUACGUAGACAGAGGAAAGCAGUCAUUGGAGACUAUCUGCCUGCUUCUAGCCUACAAGAUCAAAUAUCCAGAGAACUUUUUCCUGCUGCGUGGAAACCAUGAGUGCGCUUCUAUUAAUCGAAUCUAUGGCUUUUAUGAUGAGUGUAAGCGACGGUAUAACAUUAAGCUGUGGAAGACCUUCACAGACUGCUUCAACUGUUUACCUGUGGCUGCCAUUGUAGAUGAGAAAAUAUUCUGCUGUCAUGGAGGCCUCUCUCCUGAUCUUCAGUCAAUGGAGCAGAUCCGCAGAGUAAUGCGACCCACAGACGUGCCUGACCAGGGUUUGUUGUGUGACCUGCUGUGGGCUGAUCCAGACAAAGACGUGCUGGGCUGGGGUGAAAACGACCGUGGUGUCUCCUUCACAUUCGGGGCAGAUGUGGUGGCCAAAUUUUUGCACAAACACGACAUGGACCUGAUAUGCAGGGCGCAUCAGGUGGUAGAAGAUGGUUAUGAGUUUUUCGCAAAGAGGCAGCUCGUGACCCUGUUCUCGGCUCCCAACUACUGUGGAGAGUUUGACAACGCCGGUGCCAUGAUGAGUGUGGAUGAGACACUCAUGUGCUCCUUCCAGAUUCUGAAGCCAGCAGAUAAGAAAUUGUAUCCUUAUGGCGGAGGGGGAGGAAUGGGAUCUGGGAGACCGGUCACCCCACCACGAAAUACAGCCAAGGCCGCCAAGGCCAAGAAAUAACACCCGCUGGGUCCCCCUCCCACAAUCUGUCACCUCCCCUGUCGGUCCAACGCUCCUUUAUUUUUUAUUUUUUUCCCCCCCUCUACCUCCUAAACUUGUUUCUCCCUCAUCACCAAAUGGCAACAAAGCAGACAAGUGUCCAGGGUUCAAUCAUGUUUUUUUUUCUCUAAAAUAUUUUAACUGUUGAUUUGGCUGUUUGCGUGCAAUUUUUUUUGUGUGUGUGUUUUUAAAAAAACAAAGUGAGAAUGAUGUAGAUAAAAUUGCUGUAUUCUGUAUGUAUGUGUUUUUUCUUCCUGUGCCCUCGGAUCUGUUUUCCUGUCAUUUUGUAUGGAUGGGUUCUUGCUCAUCUGUGAUGUAAUUUCAAACCUGGGUGCAGGGGGGAAGAAGGGAAGUGGGAGAGAAAAAGAGGAGCCAUAGCUGUUUAUGUUAAGGCCCUGCACUGUUUAAUGCUAAACACAAGCUUUUGUACAUCCUGUUUCAGAGGUCUGUGUAUGUCUAUGUGAUGGGUGGGGAGGGAGGGACGGGGGGCAUGGUCAAACAGUAACGGCACAUACCACGCACACAGGGUGCACAGUUGGAUAUAUGUACAGGUGAAUCCUUGAAUGAAGUGGAUUCCCAAUGAUAACAUUUUUUUUUUCUCUUCCAUUUUUUUGAAAACCAAUGAUUUGAGAAUGCGGUCAUGGAUGUGAAAUAGUUAUGCUUCAUUUUCUUUUUUUUCUUUUUUGUAGAUACAUGAAACCAACUUGGUUUGAUUUUCUUUCCUGUUUUUGUUUUUAGUUCACUGAAAGUUAAAGACGAAUAAAAAUAACCAUGUAUUUGAAUUAUGCCA